ACCACACCUUAACAUUCUAGAAUCUGAAUUUGUUUGUCACAACAUCGCUACUUUAGUAAUCGCACAUCGUAACGAUGCCGACUAUCUGUUCAAAGAUCAUUUGUGCGUUGUCUGUUUUGCUUGCAACAACAGCCCACGUUCCGGGAAUGCCUGCUUUGGCAUCGACCGAUGCCACUAUCAUGAAGAAGGCUCCGGGUACCUAUCCAGCACCUCCACCAGAUCCAACAAGAGCCAGGUGCAAGUGCCCGUUCGGCUUUGAGAAAAUGGACAAAUCAUGUGUGAAGAAGGAGGCUGCAGGACAGCCAGAGGCUAUCUGCCAAUCUGGUGUUCUGGAGGACGGAAAAUGCAGAACCCGGGCUGCUGAAGCCUUUCGCUGUCCUGACGGCUUUGAGACUAUCUGUGACGCAAACUCUACAGCGAAGUCGAAGUGCUGCCGCCGAACAGAGUCACAAGAAAUCAAUUUUAAAUGUGCCGAAGGAACAACGGAGACUAUUGACGGUGACUGCAAGCGCUUGAAGCAGUUUCCGCCAAGUCAUGAGUGUCCCUUGGGCUAUCGGUACGAUGAAAGGUACUGCGUCAGGACAGAGCCCGGACACGUUGUGCCUGCAUGUGGCGUGGAGAGUCAGUUAACGGCGCACAACUCUUGCCUCUCGAUUGCCCCUGGCGAGAUCGUGUAUGAGUGCCCUGUAGGGUUUCAUUGUGCCUCGAAUGCGAAGAACUCCGACUUUUGCAAAAGCUGCAAGAGGAGAGAGUUGGAGCCUGUCAGUUGUGAGUGUGACGCCGGCACCGUAGAAAGUGAUGGCCUCUGCUACCAGGCCGAAGAGUACCAUGAGUGUUUUGACAAGAUAAAGAAAAAUGUGGUACCUACCGAGGUCGUCGACAAGGACGAAGAUGAGAAAUUAGACAAGAAAAAGGACAAGAAGUGUGAAACAACAAGGUCGAAAUGCUCAUGCCGCGCUGGCUUCAAUCUCGUGUGCAAGGGAAAGGAGUGUCACUGUGUGAAGGAAGAAUCGGCUGCAGUUGUAAGGCGUUGCCUCGGGUUUGACGAUGGUUCCGGCAACUGUGUGCGCCACUUGGAGACGGCUCCCGUUUACCAAUGCGGCGAAGGACAGGAAUGCGAAAUCGUGGGGAAAAAAGAGUGCAAAUGUGUCUACAAGAUCCGAAAAGACUCUACGAUAAAUUGCGGCGACGGCGUCCUGAUAGGGAGCGACUGCUUUUCGGUGGAGCACAUUCCGAAAACACGACAUUGUCAGGAUGGCUUCGAUGUUGCCUGUCGCAGAUCGGAAUGUCAAUGCGAACGAAAUGUUUUCACACGCAGAGUGCUGACGUGUGAUGCUGAGGCGGCCAAAAAAUCUGAAGGCUGUGCAAGUUUAUCAGAGCCGGAAUUCAUCUGCAAAGAGGGUCAAUUGAUCAACGGAAAUUGCGUUAGACUGUCAUACACAGUUGAGUUGUGCGAAGCGUGACCUAGUGUUUCAAAAUCAAAUUCGGACACUCCUGUGCUGGAGCAAAUGACUUUGUUGUUGUAUAUUGGUACCAUAUAAAGGACUCGCGACACACCGAUCCAUACUGUAACAUGGUAUGGACAUCUUGCAUUUUCCUCUAGGAAAGAGUGACAACACGAGAGAGAAAAAUAGCGCUUUCAAGCUGGCAAACUGCCAUUCCCUUUACCUUGGUAUCCGCGGAGAGAAAGCCGCUUCUUCAGCGGUAUCUUUCAGGUGUGGCCAAUUGGUCAGGAAUAUCUGAGACAUUCCGUUCAAUUAGACCAGACCCAGUCUCAUUAGCGCUGUGAAUUGCCGCGGAUUGACCCCGUUCCGUUUACCCGUUCGGCCGACUCUUGCUGUACUGCCUUAAUGGCCGCUCGCUGCGACUUCACACGUUCCAAAACGUCUGGCUCGUUCAUGUCUGGCCGCAGAAUCCGAUGCAUAACGCAUGAUCCAGCGAACGCCGAUGCAAAAGCGACGAACAGAGAGAGAGCAAAUUCUCCACGGCCUCACUUGGUCUUUGCUGAAGCAGGCUGGUAUGUUGUCGGAAGAUAUGGACACAACAGAAUACAUGCCUGACCGGGAAAUGGCCCCUCUAGCACCGAGACAGCAAGGAGCACGUUAAGCGUGAUCUGAUUGUGGAAUGUACAAAACAUGUG